AUGCACAUUCGAAUCAGUCGGCGCCGCUACAGGACGAUAAACGAUAACUAAACGGGCAACGUUAAUGGCAUAAAGGCAUUAAUUGCAUACACAUCAAAGUGCAAAACAGAACAGAGGCAGGCGCAGUGGUGCGUUGCUGCAGCGCGCGUCAUCCGUCUACGAAUCGAACGCAGUUGAUAUCGGCAUAGGCAAACACAGUGCGCGUGGAACGAGUGUAGUGCGGAGUGCUCGCCGUACUCACUCAUACACGACGGGAGCAAAACGCGGCGCACGCGACGAGCGCGGACUACGGGCAAAUUUAUGAACGUGCGUCCGUCCGUCAGCGCCCAAACAGCCGCCGCAAGUCUGAGCCGUGCGAGCAAUAUGGCAGUUGAUAACUAAUAACACCGACGCAUCGCUGCGAAUUUCCUCCGCGAACGUCUACACAUCGGUCGCAAUGAGUGGCAUCUUGCCGUUUACACCACCUGUCGUCAAGCGCCUGCUCGGCUGGAAGAAAGUGUCGGACGCCGACGAUAAAUGGUGCGACAAAGCCGUCAAGAAUCUGGUGAAGAAACUGAAGAAAAGCGGCGCGUUGGAGGAGCUCGAGCGGGCUGUCUCAUCGCAGAAUCCCAACACCAAGUGCGUCACAGUGCCCAGAGUUAGACCUGCCGCAGAAUUGGGGUCUAAUAUACAGCAGCGCAAGGGUUUGCCUCAUGUUAUCUACUGCCGCCUGUGGAGGUGGCCAGAAUUGCAGUCACAUCAUGAAUUGAGACCACUGGAUCAUUGUGAGUUUGCUUAUUCUCUCAAAAAAGAAGAAGUUUGCAUCAAUCCAUACCACUAUACAAAAAUUGAAAGCCCAGCUUUACCAGCAAUUCUUGUACCAAGACACAAUUUGACAACUGAUGAAAGCAAUGUAUACCAACAUUCUCUUGAAGAUUUGAGCACAUCUGUUCCAGAGAAUACAUCAUUUCCUCACAAUACAAAUUCACUGGGAUUACACAUGCAACAUAGUGGCUAUAUGGACACAGUGGGUAUAUGUUCAAAUGGUCCGCCGUCAAGCCUCGAGUCUCCACACAAUGCAGCACCGCCGACUGAAACGCCUCCACCUGGCUACAUGUCCGAAGACGGCGAUCCAAUCGAUCCCAACGAUAACAUGAGUCUAUCGAGAUUAACUCCUAGUCCACCUGUGGAUGCUCAACCAGUAAUGUAUUGUGAACCGGCGUUCUGGUGCAGUAUCAGCUAUUAUGAGCUGAAUACGCGCGUGGGGGAAACUUUUCACGCCAGCCAACCAAGUAUCACCGUCGACGGAUUCACUGAUCCAAGCAAUUCAGAAAGAUUUUGUUUGGGAUUGUUGUCUAAUGUGAAUCGCAACAUCGUAGUGGAACAAACGCGAAGACACAUAGGUAAAGGCGUGCGAUUAUAUUAUAUUGGAGGUGAGGUCUUUGCGGAAUGCUUAAGUGACUCCGCAAUCUUUGUCCAAUCUCCUAAUUGCAAUCAGCGAUAUGGAUGGCAUCCGGCAACUGUCUGCAAGAUCCCACCCGGAUGUAAUCUAAAAAUCUUCAACAAUCAAGAGUUUGCUGCGUUGCUAUCGCAGAGCGUGAGUCAAGGCUUUGAAGCUGUAUAUCAGCUGACACGAAUGUGCACUAUUCGUAUGUCGUUUGUGAAGGGUUGGGGUGCGGAAUACCGCCGGCAAACUGUCACUUCAACACCCUGUUGGAUUGAACUGCAUUUAAACGGACCGCUGCAGUGGCUCGAUCGAGUAUUGACUCAGAUGGGUUCACCGCGUCUGCCGUGCAGUUCCAUGUCGUAAAUCAAAAGAUUUACGGAACACGGGUAGCACUCAGUUUCACCCAACUUAGCAUAUAAGAAAAAAAGGUAGUGUCGUGUGAUCGAUGUCCAAUUUACCUACAAGUAAUAACACGCUCAGUUAUAAACAUACUGUUAGUCACCAGCUGGUAAAGGAAUACUGGUUUAGCCAAGAUACAGUUCAAUAUUGUCGCUCAGGGUUUUCGAACUGACCUUACAUAUACUUCUAUUAUCAGUAUAGAAACGAAACUCGUUGAGACACUUGCAUUUAUGGUAUGUAAUAAGGUUUUGUAAUAGCGUACCUUAAUCGUGUGUCAUAACAAUUUUUAAAGACUAUACAAGCAAAAGAAUAUGCAUGAUGUUGGGCAAAGCGGUUACAAACCGGUUAAAGACAAAGUUUAUGAUGCAAUUGCAAAACAAAUAUUUUUAUACAGGGAUGAUCUCAAGUAACAAGAUUUAAAACAUUUAAAUACGAUUUAACAUAAAAUAGAAAUAGUAUACUGAACAAAUUUAUCAUGCAAUAGCUUUUAAAUGCAAUUAUUUAUGACACACAUAUUAUACCAAAAUGGACAUUAUAAGCAAGGACAUAUAUUGGUACCUAAAAGUAAUUAAAUUAGAGUACAAUUUGUCUUACACUUAAAAACCCUCAGAUAGAAGAUAGUAAUUAGCAUCGUUGAUGUAAUAAGUUGCCCAACAUUAUAAACUUAAAGUGCAGUGAUCAGCUUUACAUACGUAUCUUUGUAUGUAUUGUAGGUACGUACAUCUCAUUCAUGUAUGAUUCAUUAACUCCGUGGGUUGUUAGUGUUGCAAAUUUCAGUUUUUGACGGUGGCAAAUUUCGGCGAACAGAAUCUUUGAUCAAAAUUAAAAUUGUUCGUAAGGAUGCGACACAAAGAAACUUUAUAUUGCUGUUAGACAUUUAUUAAUUUAUAGAUACAUAUAAAAGAAAAGUAUUUGAUGUGUACAAAUUUGCAAAAACUUUCCGUGAGAAAUAUUAUAUUUUUACCUGCGCGCCAAAGUUAGCUAUAUGCGCAAUCAGUAACACUGGAAGAAAUUAAAGAGGCUGGCCCCCUAACAAAACAUGCAACAUAUAAAUGUAUAUCGUAUUAGAUCUAUUUUUGGAUAAGAGAUGCGGACGGACUAUGCAUAUGAGAAAUAUUGAAUAUUUUGCAGCAAUAACAACAGUUAUUACAAUGUGUUAAGAAUUAAAUUUGAAACGAUGAAGAACGCUGAGAGUUUUGAAAUUGCAUUCAACAAUUUGCCUUUUAACAAUAUUUUAAUUCGUAUUAAUCAACUACAUUAAUGCAAGCUCUAUUUAUCUUAGAACCCUAUCACUUAUCACUCAUCAUGGAUUCAUUUAUUUGCCGAUUGCGUGCGUACUCAAGCGUAUAUAUACAUUGAAAUUGUAUGGGUACUUGUUAUGUUUGUGUAGUUUGUUUUUUAUUGUAAUAAUUAUUACUGAAUCUAUUAUAAAUACGUAAUCGUAUCACUCUGCUAUUAUUCAUACAAUUGCAUUUUUUGCUGACAAAGUAUGUUUUAAUGAUGAUUACCAAAAUUGUAAUGUAUUUUUAAGAAUAUUAUAUAUUCGUUAUACUAAUUCAAACAAAAUCAAA